CCUGACACCCAAACUACUUCAAUUUGCAAGUUUGACCGUUGGUGUAAGUAGAAUGUUCUAGAAUGCCACCAAUAUUAUUUUACAACUCCGAGGAUAUCACCGUCAGCAAUCAGGAAAAAGAAUGGGUGGUGUGCAAGCACUUUGGAACAAUAUCACAACUACGCUGAGGUUUAUGGGUAUUCGGGACAAAAUGCAUGUGAUUGAGCAUGUCGUUUUCAUAGAAGUGAUUUCAUCCAAGAGAACAUACUCUUAUUAACUCUUUUUUUGUUGUUUCCUUGGCAAUUCACUUUUUUAAAAAUGAGUGAACCAAUAAGUGGACAAUUCCAGGACCAGAUGGCUGAGCGGGUCAGGCCCUACAUUGACUUAAUAGACUACCUGAGAUCCAUUGGGAUAGAGAAGGAGCUGCCUCUGCCAUCCAUUGCUGUGGUGGGAGACCAGAGUUCAGGAAAGAGCUCUGUGCUUGAGGCCCUAUCUGGGGUGGCACUGCCCAGAGGGAAUGGUAUCGUCACCAGGUGUCCACUGGAACUCAGACUCUGUUAUGUCAGCGGAGUGGCGUGGAAGGCUGUCAUCUCAUACAGAGACAAACGUAUUAAUAUUGGUGACCCCUCAGAAGUCGCGGGACACGUUAAAGAAGCCCAGAACGAGUUAGCAGGAGAGGGAGUGGGUAUAUGUGAUGAACUGAUCAGUUUGAAGAUCAUGUCCUCUUCAGUGUGUGACCUGACACUGAUAGACUUACCUGGGAUCGCCAGGGUACCAGUACAAGGACAACCCGAAGACAUUGGAGCCCAAAUUAAACGUCUCAUUCUGAAAAUAUUAUCAAAACAAAAAACCAUUAACUUGGUGGUGGUGCCAUGCAAUGUUGACAUAGCAACAACAGAAGCUCUGAAAAUGGCCAAAGAAGUGGAUCCUGAAGGCACAAGAACUCUGGCCAUUCUGACGAAGCCAGACCUGAUUGACAGGGGGACAGAGAAGGACGUGUUGGACAUUGUUCGCAAUAAAAUCAUCCCUCUCAAUAUGGGCUACGUCAUUGUGAAAUGUCGUGGUCAGAAACAAAUUAACGAUGGCGUCACCAUAAAUGACGCCAUCGAGGAGGAGAGGGACUUCUUCGAAAAUCACGACGAAUUCAGCUCCCUCCUGGAUGAAGAAAGGGUAACCACCAAGUGCCUAGCCGCUAGACUCACCCAAACCCUGGUCAACCACAUCCAAAAAUCCAUGCCACAGAUGGCUGAUCAGAUAAAACAGCAGCUGUGGGUUUAUCAGACGGAAUUGACUAAGUAUGAGGGUGGUCCUCCCGUGGAUCCUGUAGGGAAGAGGAAGUACCUUAUUGAGGUGAUAAAACAGUUCAAUUACAAGAUUGAUCAGCUGUGCAGAGGGGAGCUGAAGAACGAUGAAAAUCUAUUCAUUAACAUGCAAAACAUAUUUGCAAAAUGGUUUGAAAAGCUUGGACACUCCAGGGCAGGUUACCACAAAAUGACCCAAGAUGUGGUCAAUGAAUUUGACCAGAAGCACAGAGGACGAGAACUCCCAGGUUUCAAUAACUACACUUUAUUUGAAAGUGUAGUUCAGAAACUGGUGGGGGAACUGAAAAAUCCAGCUAUGGACACACUACAGAAAAUCAAAGAUCUGGUGCAGAAGCACUUUUUUGUUGUGUCCAAAAACAGCUUUGAGAAUUAUCCUUGCCUUCAGCGUUUUUCAAUGACCAACAUUGAUGACAUCCAGAAACAGCAGUUAACCACUGUGAUGGACAGGAUCGAGGAGCAGUUUGAGAUGGAGAUGCAGAUGUACACACAGGAUGAAAUCUUUGCCCGAACACUGACGCCAGCACAGAAGGAAACCCCAGGGAAAACCGACUGCUCUGGUUAUGACACCAGGAGCAAGUACCCUGAACUCCUCAAUUCAUACUUUGAGAUCGUGGUGCAGCGACUGGCGGACCAGGUGCCCAUGCUGAUCCGUUACUUCAUCCUGAAGGAGUCAGCCAGGAUCCUGUCCAGUGAGAUGCUGGGCCUGCUGAACAGAGAAGACUUGGACGAGAUGCUGAAGGAGGAAUCAGAGAUUGGCCGGAAACGUGAAGCCUUGAGGGAUAAAGUCAAGCGUCUUGGACUGGCCAAUAACAAGAUCAGUAGCCUCUGGGAUCAGAGUGGUUGACAUUGUGAUGUAACCAACAAGGGCUGAAUAACUGUCCCACAAUCAUUUUACCUGCAAUUAAUCAACAUACAGAAUAUUUUAAAAGAUGGACAUUUUAGUGCUGUCAAAUUUCAGAUUCAGAGCACUGAAAAUGAUAUGCCCAUUGUUACAGAACACAGCUAUACUCUCAAGAGCUCUGGCCUGUUAUACUAUCAUCACAUAUCCGCAAAAUAUUUCAUCUCAAAAUUGACAAAUGAAAGAUGUUAAGACUGUUUUUGAUAUGAUUAAAACUGACAAAUCGUCGCUGAUGUACAGUAAGUAAACCUUGUACCUCCAAAAUGUAAACAGCCGUACCAUUAAUGAUCAUACAAGCAACAAAACUUCAGAAGCUAUUUGAGUACACACUGUGAAAAGGGACUACU